CCACACCACGAAACAUCAGGCAACAAUCCACUCAGCCACCAUAUAUACUCCCCCAUUGAUCUGAGCGCACAUAGAUCAGUGCCACAUACAGCAAAUGGGCAGCGCCGUGGUGCUGUACACAUGGAUGGUUCGGGGCCACCUCCACCCCAUGGUUCAGCUCGCCGGCCGCUUGGCCGGCCACGGCGUCCCCGUCACCGUCGCCAUAGCCGACGUCCCGUCGUCCGGCGACUCCCGUAAGACCGUCGAGCGCCUCUCCGCCUCCUACCCGUCCGUCUCCUUCCACCUGCUCCCGCCGGCGACCGCCCGCUCCGGCGACGAGGCCGACCCCGAUGCCGACCCCUUCAUCACGCUCAUCGCCGACCUCCGAGCCACCACCCCCGCGCUCCUCGCGUUCGUGCGGUCCCUCCCGUCCGUCAAGGCGCUCGUCAUCGACUUCUUCUGCGGGUGCGCGCUCGACGCCGCUGAGGAGCUCCGACUCCCGGCCUACCUGUUCUUCACGUCGGGCGCCUCGCCGCUCGCUGCCUACCUGCACAUCCCCGUCAUGCGGCCCGACGUCUCGUUCGGGGACAUGGGGCGCUCCUUGCUGCACUUCCCAGGCGUCCACCCGGUCCCGGCCUCCGACUUGCCGGAGGUCCUGCUUGGUCCUCGCAACGAGCAGUACGAGGCCACCAUUUGUCUCUUUGAGCAGCUGCCCAGAGCGAAGGGGAUACUGGUGAACACGUUCGAGUGGUUGGAGCCCCGCGCCGUGAAGGCGAUCCAAGAGGGGAGCCCCCGCCCCGGCGAGCCCGUGCCGAGGCUGUUCUGCGUCGGGCCGUUGGUCGGCGAGGAGAGGGGAGGCGAGGGGAAGCACGAGUGCCUGACGUGGCUGGACGCGCAGCCGCCGCGGAGCGUGGUCUUCCUCUGCUUCGGCAGCGCGAGCUCAGUGCCGGCGGAGCAGCUGAGGGAGAUCGCGGCGGGGCUCGAGAGGUGCGGGCACGCGUUCCUCUGGGCCGUGCGCGCGCCCGUCGCGCCCGACGCCGACUCGACGAAGCGGUUCGAGGGCCGGGGCGAGGCGGCGCUGGAGGCGCUGCUCCCGGAGGGGUUCCUGGACAGGACGCGCGGGCGCGGGCUGGUGGUGCCGGCGUGGGCGCCGCAGGUGGAGGUGCUGCGGCACCGCGCGACGGGCGCGUUCGUGACGCACUGCGGGUGGAACUCGACGCUGGAGGCGGUCACGGCGGGGGUGCCGAUGGUGUGCUGGCCGAUGUACGCGGAGCAGCGGCUGAACAAGGUGUUCGUCGCGGAGGGGAUGGAGCUGGGGGUGGUGAUGGAGGGCUACGACGAGGCCGUGGUGAAGGCGGAGGAGGUGGAGGCCAAGGUCAGGCUGGUCAUGGAGUCCCGGCAGGGGAAGGAGCUCAGGGAGAGGACGGCGGUGGCGAAGGAUAUGGCCGCCGCCGCGCUGGAGAUCGGCGGGUCGUCGACGGCGGCGCUCGUUGACUUCAUGAACGGCCUGGAGAUUUCGGCCCACGAUUGAAAGGAUCAGACGAGGCCACGCACAGGAGCAGAGUUCCAGUCCGACACGAGCGCUGCGUUUCUCUUUCUCGUGUCCCCCGUGCAGUCGGAAUGUGCAUUUUCUGGAUACAGUGUUGCAACUUUCUUAUUCAUGUUUCGUGACA